AGGUGCAUGUCUUGCCACUCAGUGCAACUAUGGACCACAAUGUGACCGACCCUGUCCCCGGGGGUGCCAGCCACGCCUCCCAGGAGGCAGGACUCCUGACGCCCCCAACUCUACACUCCCCACCAUUGCAAGUCCAUUUCCCUCAACUUCAGAACAAGAUGUUCCUGUCAGACGUCUCCACCCUGUCACUGGUGUCACCAAAGCUGACCCAGGUCCUAUUGCAAGCUUCCAAGAGGCCAAUUCUACUUACCCACCCACCCCUGCUAACCCAAUCACUGUCAUCCCUCCAUGUCAUCCUGAAACAGGCGAAUGUCUCAAUGGCUGUGUCAGGGGAAAACAUGGAAGCAUGUGCCAGCACGCAUGCAGUUUGAACUGUUCAGAACUUGACUGUCUUCAGACAGGAGAGUGUGUCAGUGGAUGUGUACAUAGAGUCUGUGGAGAGGACUGCAACUUGCUCUGUAGCAGCAACUGCAUGUAUCAGGACUGCCACCAGAAUGGAACAUGCGCCCAUGGCUGCAUUGAUGGUUUUUACGGAGACUCUUGUGACUCAAGAUGUGGCAAGAACUGCCUCAACGACCGCUGCAGACAGAAUUCCUCAACAGGAACAUUUUUCUGUCUGGAUGGCUGCGUGGAAGGGUGGAGAGGUUUGAUGUGUCAACACAGGUGCCCUGUACAUUGUCUCUCCUGUCAUCCCGACAUUGAAAGAGGAUCCUGUUCCUCCUGUGAGCAAGGCUGGAGUGGCAUCAACUGCAAGAUACCCAUUGUCAACCAAUGUAAGGCUCCAAAGGAGGAAGAGAGGUGUACCUCUGGUUGCCAUGACGGAUUCCACGGUCUGACCUGUCAGCUCAAGUGUCCAGACUUCUGUCUGCGAUGUGAGCAGGAUGGUGAUGAAUGCACGAUGUGUCAUCCUGGGAGAUACGGUUCAAGAUGUGACAAAUUCUGCAAAGACUGUCAGCAAGCGCUGUGUCAGAUUGACACUGGGGAAUGUGUUCAUGAAGCCAAGCAAGAGGAGUCGGAUGUAUGCCAUCAACACGCAUAUAUGCAUGAUUUCAACUCUUCCCACUGUGCCAAGCAUCACAGACAAAAACGACAUAUUGUUGAGUGCAGAGUCCAUUGCCAGUCCAGUUCAUGUUCUUUGUGCGACCUUGGCUGGUUUGGUGGGAGGUGCACUGAGUUCUGUCCCCACAACUGCCACAAUGGUUGCAACAAGACAGGAGCCUGUGAUGGAUGCCGACCAAACUAUUAUGGAGACAAAUGUGACCUGGAGUGCCCCCCGAACUGUAGAGACAGCAGCCCUGGUGAAGUUGUAUGUGACCAACAACUGGGACACUGUAUGGCUGGAUGUCACACUGGUUGGUAUGGAGACCUGUGUAACAUGACCUGCCCUCUCAACUGUGAAAGAAACAUUUGUAGUCAACAUGAUGGCAAAUGUACAAAUGGUUGCAAGCUAGGUUGGAAGUGGAACAGUCAUCUGAACAUGUGCUUACCGGUGUCCUUCACCUUAUUAAAGAAUGUCCAACCCAAACAUCAACCUUCUCCCUGCAGAGAUCAGACAUAUGGGGAGAGAUGUGAAAUAACCUGUUCCACAUUUUGCAUUAAUUCAUCCUGCAAAUUCAGUUCAGAAAGAAACAGUCCUGUCUGUUCAUUGGGAUGUGUGGAAGGCUUUUUUGGUCCAUAUUGUCAAAACCGGUGUCCAGCUGCUUGUCGGGCAUGUUCUGAUAAAUCUGUCUGCUCCAGCUGCAAGUCUGGAUUUUAUGGAACAUCAUGUUUGGAAACUUGUAGCUCUGACUGCAAAGGAUGCUGGUGUUAUAAGAAUGGCACCUGUGCCAAAGGCUGUAUUGAAGGAUAUCAUGGGCAGACCUGUGAGAUUCCAUGUGAAGCAAAUUGUCAGAGCUGUGACCAGAUGUCAGGAAGGUGUUUGACCUGCAGAUCUGGGUGGUGUGGGCUGAACUGUGACCAGUUUUGUGGUGGAUGUAAACUGGGCAUCUGUGCUGAAGAUGGACAGGGUCCUCUGGGCUGUAAUCCAGGUUAUGGAGGCAGAAAGUGCAAUGAAUCCUUGUAUGAAAAUGAACAGCUAUGCUUCAAAUUCAAGAAUGCACAAAACCGAAAGAAAAGACAUGCUUGCCAAUACGGAUGCCUGACUAGUGAAUGUACAAAAUGUCUUGACGGUUUCUACGGUGACAUCUGUAGCAAGCGGUGUCCGAUUAAUUGUGAGAGUACCUGUACGAAAACCAGUGGGCUGUGUGAUCAUUCCUGUAAGAGAAACUGGGGGCCAAUUUGUGAACAUAAGUGUCCAUUGAACUGUCAAGAAGGAUGUGACAAGUCAUCAGGACACUGCUAUGGUGGAUGCAAGAGUGGAUGGUAUGGACAGAACUGUAGCCAGAAGUGUCCUGAUAACUGCUUCUCAAACAUCUGUAACCAAGAUACAGGCAAAUGCAUGCAAGGUUGCACCAAUGGUUGGCAGGGGCCUCUGUGCAAUAUGCCAUGUUCGGAGGGAUGUGUGAAUCAAACCUGUUUUCAAGAUGGAACAUGUAAACAUGGUUGUUAUUCAAACUACACUGGGUCUUUUGGAAAAUGUUCCAUUCCAUGCAUGGAGACAUGUGUAGGUAAUGAAUGUACCAUAUCGAAACCGUUGCGUGCAUACAUCUGUACCCAUGGCUGCGAAGAUGGGUUUGCAGGACCUUCCUGCAAUAUGAAAUGUUCUAGAAAUUGUGUUACAUGUGAACAGUUUAAUGUCUCAAGGUGCAAGGAUUGUUCCUGCGUCUCCUACGGCUCUGAAUGCCAGUACCGUUGCAGUGAGACAUGCAACAACUCUUCCUGCCCAGUGUGUGACAAGCAGGGAUCCUGUCUGCAUGGCUGUGCUGAUGGGACCUGGGGUCAGCAGUGCAAGAACAGAUGUAGCAGCAACUGUAUUGCUUGUCGUAGUGGGAAGGAAGAAUGUACAAGAUGCCAGAAAGGACUCUAUGGAAAGAAGUGCAAUAAGAAUUGCAGUGGCUGUCAGGAUGGGGACUGUGAGCAGAAUGGGAAGUGUAUCAGUGGCUGUGUGCGUGGCUUCAAGGGGCCAGCUUGUGACAUUGUCAAGUAUGUGUCAGAAUGGACAGCAGGGAAGGUUGUUUUCGCAAUUAUUGUUCUCGCUGCAGCAGUAAUAUAUUUCUCCUUUUUGGUUUACCAAGCUUAGAAAGCUAAAACAACUAACCGAGGAAGGUGUUUAUAAUGAAGCAUUGAUGGAAUGAAGACAAAGACCAGCUUCAGGCUAAUUCCCAUCGCAGCUAUGUACUUGAUUGGAUGGGCCACAAAACAUCCAAGUCCGGGACCUAUGCAAACUCUUGUAUCUAUCACAUGAAAAGGAAAGGGUCUCAUACAGGAUUAAGUUUCAUGAGUGCGACCAACUGGAAUUAAUUGAUUGGUUUGAUGAAAUGACUUCAGGUAAAUGGUUUGUUGGCCUUUCUUUGCUCAUGACAAAAGAAUUGUGUUCAUAAAUAUUUUCUCUGUCAUUUCUGUACCAUGUAACUCUAACCACACUAUAUUCAUAUGUCGACAUUCAAAUUAUUCCAAGUGUUCAUGUUUUACAGUGUUUCUUUUUAUUGACUCAUGAAGAAGGAUAUUGAUUAAUUUUUACUUUUCACACCUGUUUUAAUUGUUAAUCAUUCUUAUUUAACCGUCUCACUUUUUAACUACCAGUAUGUCUAAAACAGAUCCUUGUUUAUGUGCUUUUUAUGAAUGUUUUUAAUUCAGCUCCCCUUUCUCCAAGCUGUCUCAACCAGAAAUGAAAUGAAUCGAUAUUGUGUUGAGUUCUGCUCACAUGACUAUCACAUGACUAUCACAUGAAAGAUGACUAUCACAUGACACAGCCUGGUUGCAGGCAUUUGUGUCACCACGCCCCGUUCCACAAAGCGAUCUUUGCGCUAAGAUGAUCAUAACUCCCAUACUUUAAC